AUGGCUCUCCGAGGAGGAACUUGGAAAAAACUUUUGUUGUUUGGAACACCUGUUCUGAUAGCUUCGGCUGCUGGUCUAUACUGCUACUAUGUUUACACUUCGUCGCGCAAAGGGCUUCAUAGCAAAGAGGAUGGGAUGUCAUCAAGUCCUGCGGAGACACCGUUGGAAGCUGCGAUCGCUUUGAAGAAUCGCGGCAAUCGCAACUUUAAGGCGGGACGCUAUGCGAAAGCAAUUGAAUGCUACACGGAAGCAUUGGAGCAGUGCCCGCCCACAGCGGUGGAGGAACGAGCGACUUUUUUCCAGAACCGCGCUGCUGCCCGCGAGAAUUUGCGCCAGCUGGAGGCGGCGGUUGAAGAUUGCAACUCAGCGUUGGAACUUGUACCUACCUACCUGAAGGCGCUGAAUCGACGUGCCCGUCUCUAUGAACGACUCAAUGAUUUAACUCGAUGGCUCUUCGACAUCACUGCUUGCUGUAUGUUGGAACGCUUUCAGAACAAUGACACUAUUAUUUGUUUGGAUCGCGUUCUCAAGGCGCUUGGCCAAAAGUUAGCUAGAGAGGAGCCUCCAAAUCUGCCACGAACUCUUCCUUCUUCCGACUUCAUUAAAUUCUAUUUCAGUUCUUGGGCUAGUAAUCCCUUUACUUUGGAAGCAAUGAAAAUUGAAAGAAAGUCCCCGGCCAGCGCGGACAAAGCAACAAAUGGGCUCACUGAAGGUGUAGCGAGUGAGGAGAAGGAGGAGGAGGAGGAGGAGGAGGAGGAGAAAACCGAAGAAGUUUUCAAAUUGCCCCAAAAAUUAGCCUCAGCCUAUACUCACUUGGAAGAGGCGUUCCGUAAACUACAGAUAUAUGACUAUGAGGAGUCGUGGAAGUUAGCGUCGACUGCUGUGAAAGAAUUUAAUUCGGCUACGACGGUGGAUCUACAUGCGUUCGAGAAAUCAUGUUUUGGCGAUCGGGAAAAACCCGAGUCGGCACGCGCGAGAGCCCUCCUUCUGGAUGCCACUUUUAAGUCUCUUGCAGGUGAUGCAGAGGAGGCAAAAUCGAAAUUUCUCUCUAUCGGUGAAACACUCUUUGCCCAUCCCACAAUUCGAGUGAAUGCACUAAUCAAAGCCGGUGCACUUUAUAUGGUCUCUGAUAAGGUGGACACAUCUGGGUGUAUGUACUGCUUCCAGCAGGCUCAAACUCUUAUUCCUACGUGUCCAGAUGUCUACCUUCAACGUGGGCAACUUAACUUCCUUGCAGAAAACUUCGAAGCGGCGGAAAAAGACCUCUGCGAGGCUGUUCGCUUGAGACCCGAUUUCCCUGUCGCCCAAGCGCAUUUCUUGUAUCAGUCUUAUCGCAAGAGCGCACGUGAAGGAAGAGGUCAACGAAUGGAUGAAUACUUCAGGGAGUUUCAAAAGUUGGUCGAAAAAUCGCCCGACUGUGUGGAGGUCCACUCCCUUUAUGCUCAGGUUCUGAUGGAUAGACAGGAGUUUCAAAAGAGUGAUGAAGAAUUUGCCCGUAUCAUUGAACUUUCUCCGAAUUCGGGUUUGGGUUACUGUCACCGAGGUCUUUUGCAAUUGCGUUGGAAGCAUGACCAAAAUGCGGCAGAUGAGUGGUUUAAACGAGGAAUCGAGAUGGAUCCGCGAUGCGAGUUGGCAUGGGAAAUGCGUGGCCAAGUGGAAAUGGAAAGAGGGGAAUUGGAGAAAGCCAAGGAGUACUUUCAACGCGCCUUGGAUGAAGCUCGCACACCACAGGAUCGAAUCCAUUUGUUUGCACUUCGUGAAGGUGCUAAGGCUCAGAUGCACGUUGCCAAAGUCUACGGUAUCUCAAUCGCCAGCCUCUUUGCUGAUUUAAAGGACGAUUUUCACCAGAAACACGUUGCUACUAGCGGUGGAUUCCCUAUCACUGUUUAA